GCCUAGUUUCAACAGUGAGAUCAUCUAUGCAGCCUAACUGAUUGAAUCCAAUCAAGACCACGAUGCUGACAUAUCUCUGCUAUGGUGAAGCACAAUUGAUGCUCUGUGGUAGGUACUCUGUGUGUUCUUUUAGAGAGUCUAUAAGUAUCCGCAAUUCCUCCUAGUUUCACGCACUCUACUUGACCAAUCGAUUGAAUCACUCCUUCAACCUCCCAAAGCUACCUUCAUAUUUCAACCGUCUCAUCAAAAGUCAAGAUAUCACUUAAAUACACCACCAUGCCCGCUCCCGUGCUCCUAUUCCUCGGCGCCGGCCCCAAUGUCGGCCUGGCCGUGAUGAAGAAAUUCCGCGCAGACGGCUAUAAGAUCGCUGCCGUCGCCCGCAGUGAGAAGCCCGAGAUCACGAGUGCCGCAGACAAAUUCAUCACUGCGGAUCUAUCAGCCGAUCCGGCCAACAUCACCGCGAUAUUCAAGGAAGUGCAGGACACGCUCGGCCGACCAAACGUAGUCGUGUAUAAUGGCUACGGCGCUACCUUUGCCCCGGACGGUAGCGAGCCCUUCAAAGGCGUCUCCCCUCAAGCUUUGGAGAAGAACCUUAAAGUCAACACCGUCUCAGCCUAUGCCGCCGCCGCCGCUUUCGCCGAUUUACCCGCGACAGCUAACCCAUCUGACCCGAACGUCUUCAUCUACACCGGAAACAUGCAAGGCGCGCUACUCGUCGACCAGACUAUGACGCUCGGCGUCGGAAAAAACGCGACCUACUACUUUAUCGAGCUCGCAGCGAACACCUACGGCAAAGCCACACCAGCCGGAUCGAAAGGGUUCUGGUACGUGGCGGACGAACGUACAGAGAAAGGUUACAGCGUCAUGACGCAAAUUGAUGGAGAGGCGCACGCGGAGUUUUAUGCGGAGCUGGCUAGAUCGAAAGAGCAGAAGGCUUGGAAUGCGACGUUUGUGAAGGGGAAAGGGUAUGUGGACUUCGAGACCAGCAGGGAUAGGCCGCUUGCAAGUGUCGCUGGAUUGAUGCAGCAGAUUGGAGCAAAGUGGCCACCGGCUUGAAUGGGUUCGAUUGAGUCUGGCAGUUUCUAUGGUGUCUUAUUUAUGCCAUAAUUUUUUUUAAUCUUGUGAACGCUCUGUUGACGUUGUCUGGGGUAGCCUCACGAGUUUACUAGCUGUCCAAAAUGCUGAACUUCUCUCUUAUUCGGUCUGCCGAAAACACUAUGAGGCUCCUCAUGCAGCGGUAAACGAGUGUAUGGAUUUCUAUGACGAGGCAUUGUGGUGUUGUAGUGACGUUGCUUGAACUAAUCGUCAAACACUCAGGUUGAAAUUGAUGUGAACUCUGUUGUAUUGUAGAUGCCGUAAAGGCGGAC